UUUAUAGCCAAUAUUAUGUAGUAAAAAAACUUAUUGCCAUAAACUGAUGUAAGAGAACGAUAAAAUUCUUGCACUGUUGAUAAAUUGUCAGAGAAUGAUGUAAUUUUUUAAUUUAAUUGCACAGCUCAAAGAUUUCAACUUAGAUAAUAUGAAUUUUAAUAAAAAAAGGUAGUCUUUAGCAGUCCUUUGUCAAUAGAAUCAAUAAGAUGAAUCUUUAGUUAGAUAUUAAAAGUCAAUUUUGGAAAAUGUAGAUGAACUAAAGGAUGAAGGUAAUUAUUGAAUUAAUUUAAUUGUUCAGCUCCUGAAGUAGAGUUCUUUUUAAUGGAAAUACACUUUCCAAAAUAUCCUGAUAGAUCAAUUUCAUUAGAUUUACAAUUUGGAAUGAAAGAAAACGAAAAAUGUCCUAUGAAAAUAAAAGAAGGAGAAGAAUAUUAUAUUCGUCUACAUUUUAAAGUGAAAAAUGAUUGUGUUGUUGGUUUAAAAUUAUAUAAUACAAUAAAAAGACAUGGGAUUAAAGGUGUUAAAUUAUUUAAAAUAUAUUUAGUUGAUUCAUAUGAGGAGAUGGUUGGUUCAUUUGCACCAAAAAAGCAUAUGCAAAUAUAUGAUAUGGAAUCUUAAAUAGCUCCAUCAGGAUUUCUUUCAAGAGGAAAUUAUAAGGGUAAAUUAAUGUUUGUUGAUGGGGAUGGCAUUGUCCAUAUGUAAUUUGAUUAUUAUUUUGAAAUUGUAAAAGAUUGGUGAUGGUAAU